AUUAGACCUGUGGUGAGAACAAUACCCGCAUCCACAGCGAGCAGGGGCCGCGUGGCUGCAGUUUGUUUGUUCAAAGGGUUACGAGUUCAGCACUAAUGCCCAAUAUCAAAGACAUGAAGUUCAUUUGUGGAGCGGAAGCGUGAGCGGCAGUUUGACACUCCCUGCAGGCACAGUCGUAAUAGUACCUACACACACACACAAAGGCAUUUUAUUGCCUUCAGCUGAGGGAGAUAAUGACGCGCGCGCACCGUCCCGUUUUCCUGCUCCGCUGCUGGGGGAAGCUGCUGUGCACAGCGCCGCUGCAGCAGCCUGGAAGCAGGAAAUAGGCAGGGAACUCAGAAGAACAUCGAUGCUCUGAGGCGCAGGAGGACAGAGAUUCCCACGCCCCAGCAGUGGUCCUCCUGGGGAUGGACCUGCCACCAGAGAGUAAGAUGAACUCUGAGGGUGAAGGCAGACCAGCCCCUCCUACCUCUUUACCCCUGCAAGGAGGUCCCACCCAAAGGAAAAAGCUUUCUGCCCCUCGUAUCAGCCUGUCCCUGGACCAGAGCGAGGACGACCUGGGGGAGACCCCCGACGAUCUCGACAUCAACGUCGAUGACCUCGACACUCCUGACGAGGGGGACUACCUGGACUACACGGACCAUGAAAAGGACUGGGAGGACCUGAGUGCAGUCAGUAUCAGGGAGCCCUACGACCCGAUUCCGACGUACAGCGCCGAAGAGGAGCGCCAAGACGGCAAGCUGUGGAGGACGGUCAUCAUCGGGGAGCAGGAGCAUCGCAUCAACAUGAAGAUCAUUGAGCCCUACAUGAAAGUCAUCUCCCACGGAGGCUACUACGGCAGCGGAGUAAAUGCCAUCAUAGUGUUUGCUGCGUGCUUCCUGCCAGACAGCGACAGGGAGGACUACCACGAAAUCAUGGAGAACCUCUUCCUCUAUGUGAUCAGCACGCUGGAGCUGAUGGUGGCGGAGGACUACAUGAUCUUGUACCUGAAUGGAGCCACGCCUCACAGGAGAAUGCCUGGUCUUGGUUGGCUGAAGAAGUGCUAUCAGAUGAUUGACAGGAGGCUCAGGAAGAAUUUGAAAUCCUUCAUUAUUCUGCAUCCAUCAUGGUUUAUAAGGACCAUUCUAGCCAUUACCAAGCCCUUCAUCAGCGCCAAGUUCAGCAGUAAGAUAAAGUAUGUCAACAGUCUGGACGAGCUGCAGGAGCUGAUCCCCAUGGACAACAUCCAGAUCCCAGAGUGCAUCAUUAGACUCGACAGGGAACUCAUGGAGUCUGCGGAGAAUUCGAGAGUGAACAGUUUUCUGCAGGGACCAGAACCUCCAGCAGCAGCAGGCAGAGCAGACAGACCAGACGUAGCUGGUGCCAGCAGCUCUUAAACCCCAGCAUCUCUAUGGGUCGCCUCCAUUCAGGAGUCACAGUUCAACGGCUGGAAGGAGGAAGAAAAGGCCUGUAAACCUUGUGUUUGUCAAUUAGAAACCGGACUUUAUGUGAAAACGCAACUUGCCAACGUAGACAACAGUCUAAUCUCAUUCUUGGCGGCUGCUGUAGCAUCUACUGUACCUCACACCUGCAAUGCCAGACCUAUAUAGUCAAGUGUGAUGCUCGGCAGCACCUACAGUACAGAGUAGCAUCAUUGUUCACGGUAGGGUAGGAAAUGCAAUUACACACCAGACAGUGCACUGCACAAAUCCAUCUGUAGAAUACAGUGUUGUCGUCGUGUGCGUGAGAAGCAGUGAAGCAAUAAUAUCACCCUCGACUGCAGUAAUGCCGACAAAGAGAGGAUCCUGUCAGCAAUAUACACAAUAAACGCGCAAGAUGAGGGAACCAAAUGUUCAAGCAGCAGUUCGAUCUUCAUUCCGGAGCCUAUACAGAUAUUUUGAAAAAAUCAGACCAUAAAGGAGUAUAUAUUGCAAACAAUGCAUUGAUUGAGAGUGUGUCCUUUAGCCAUGUUCUGUGUGUGUGAGUGUGUGUGUUUGUUUGUCAGAUAAAUAAACUGGAAGUCUCUUUUCCACUUCUCCUGGCUCUUCAGGACGAAAGAGGAAAUAAAAAAACUAAGAUAAAGCACAAGCUCUUUCCCGUGUGUGUCUCCACACACGCCUGGUGUGCAUUUGUGCUUCGGUGCAUGUCUUCUCAUAGAUAACAGAUGGACCUCUGACCCACGAGUCUUGUGCUAUGGUGUAUUGACAAUGCGCAAAGAAAUGACAGAUUGAAAUUAUGGAUCACUAUCUAGUAAUUCAAUAAAAAAUGGACUAAUGUCUGCA